AUGCCUCUCACGCCAUUUCCUCGUCUCCAUAAGAACCACAGACACAAUGUGCAGACGCUCAAAUCACAACCACUAGCCGAGCUCUCAGGCUCACUCGGAGACCUGGGAACCCUGUUGCCGCUAAUGACAGCUCUGGUGAUCACAAAAUCCAUCUCAUUACCAUCGACGCUGCUAUUCACGGGAGCAGCCAAUGUGUUCACCGGCGUCGCGUUCGGAAUCCCACUACCAGUACAGCCCAUGAAAGCGAUAGCAGCAGUCGCCAUAGCAAGAGAAUUCACGCUUGAGCAAAAUGCUGCUGCUGGGCUGGUUGUGGCUGCCUCUGUGGGAUUGUUCAGCCUCACAGGCCUGAUCGACUGGGCGAACCACGUCACGCCCAUCCCAGUCGUAAAGGGUAUCCAAGUCGGUGCAGGCUUAUCGCUUUGCCUGAGCGCUGGAACAACAAUGCUGAAACCUCUGACAUGGACCGGACCGUGGUGGGGCGACAAUCUACUCUGGGCAAUCGCUGCAGUCCUGCUUCUGCUCGUCACGUUUGCGUAUCCAAAGCUGCCCUAUGCUCUUAUUGUGUUCGCGAUUGGCAUGUUACUCUCAGCACUCGGACCAGCGAGCCGUAAUCCAGUGAACCCAAGUACCUCAAUCCCCAUUCUCCACCCCUCAGCCGACGACUUCUGGUACGCAACCUCUACCGCCUCGCUCGGCCAACUUCCUCUCACUAUUCUCAACUCGGUCAUUGCCGCCUCGGCAUUGGCUUCAGACCUGCUUCCCUCCCCACCCUCCCCCUCCGCCCCAUCCGUAACGUCCCUCGGCAUCUCCGUCGCAGCCAUCAAUCUCGUAGGAUGCUGGUUCGGCGCGAUGCCCGCCUGCCACGGCUCUGGCGGCCUCGCAGGCCAAUACCGCUUUGGCGCGCGCAGCGGCUCUAGCAUCAUCUUCCUCGGCCUCGUCAAGUUCCUCCUGGGCAUCAUCGCCUUUUGGAACAGCGGGCACAUUGUCGCUCUCCUCGCCGGCAUCCCCAAAUCCCUCCUCGGCGUCCUUGUCCUCGCCGCGGGCGUCGAGCUCGCAAAAGUCGGCGAGAGCGUCAAUACCGAUGCGCGGGACCUACGCGAACACGACGGCGAGCUGCCGUGGGAUGGGAAGAGGGUGAAGGAGCUGGAUGAACGGGAGAAAAAGGAGAGGUUCAUGGUGUUGCUGGUAACCGUUGCGGCCAUUCUAGCGUUCAAGAACGAUGCCGUGGGUUUCAUCACGGGAUUAGUCUGGCACUGGGGGUUUCAGGGCGCGAGGAGGUUGGAGGUAUGGAGGGAUGAGAUGGCGGGUCGGCCGUUCUGGAGACAGGCAGAGCACAGCGGGCAUGAGCGUACGGGGUUGCUCGCGCAGGAGGAAAGCGACACGGUUGCUUGA